UGGCACGCAUUUGGGACUUGGACUUUUCGUGACAGCAUGUCAUUUUCGACAUUUGAUUGAUAAUUUUCCAAAGAUCCAUCAAAUUAGUUUGUUUGAAAGUUACUUUAGGCGCUAAGUGUGUAUAUUUUUAAGUUUCUACGUUAAAAUAAGAAUGUGAGUGAACAGGACCCGUGUUUGGUUAGCGCGUUUCAAGGUACCCAAGAUGAGUGCCCAGAAAUGCGUUGUUGAGGGCUGCAACUUGGAAUAUGAUGUAGUGUGCAGUUUCUCCUUCUACAAUGUUAACACCUCAUCAGAAGUGGAUGAGAAGCGACAGGACUGGAUCGAGGGGGCGAUGCAUGAGGAGAGUGAGUGUCUCUGGCGACAUGUUAACUUACAGUUGUGUGGGUAUCACUUUGAGUUGGACUCUCAGGGCCUUUGGAUAGACUCACCAAUGCUACCUGAGCUCUUGUCGCCUCAAGAACAAGCUGCCAUGAGACAAACCCCCGAAGAGAAAAAAGCCGCGGAAAUAAUUCGUGUGGAACACAAUUAUAGCAUGGAGGCUUGUAAGCAGGAGCCGGAGUCUAUUUCUCGUCUGAAUGUCAGGCAAUUGGUUGAUACACUCGGUUAUCUAUCACUUAAGAACCUACAGAAGAAGCAAUUAUGGGUGGUGAAAGUGGAAAGUGAUAAAGCUGAAGCCUCCAUCACUCAGUCGGAGCAGGUCAUCACUAAGAUGCAAGAUCCUAAACAGAUUAUAGAGAUAAUCCCACAAACAUCUCAAUCAGUAGACAACAGUCUUCAAAACCAGACUGAAGUGCUUCAAAUGAUAGACGAUGGCACAAUCGGAGAUAACUUCAUAUAUGAGAUUGCUGAAGAACAAGAGAUAUCCAUGGAUGAAGUGAAGGAAAUACCGGCUGCUGAGAAUCAGGAGUGGACUGUUAACAUAAUACCGGACGACUCUAAACCCAAAUACGCGUACAUCAAACAUUGCAACUCGGGCAAGAAGAAGCGACACUUCACAUCAGAAAUGAAUACCAUCUCUUUACAAGGUGACUUCGAAAACUACUACAUACUCCCCGAUGUAGACCCUUCAGUUGGUGUUGAAAUUACUACGAGCUAUGACCAGGAAAAUUACAUAGUCGAAGAGUAUCCCCACUUGGUCUUAGAGGAGCGACCACGAAAACGUGAUCCCGAAAGAAAGAGGAAAAAAAAAACUCCCCCUACCGUCAGACAGCAAGUAAAGCAAAUAAAAACUGAAAUUGGUGAAGACUGGGUAAUUGACAGUAAUAUAUAUGAGGAGCAAGAUGAAGAAUAUGAUGACAAGAAAGCGGCCAGGGUGAGGAGAAAAAAUAAAAAAUAUUUAGGCUAUGAUUUUGUCACAUAGACUUGUAUUGUUUGAGUUGUACACAGGUUUGAGAUCCUGAGAUGGAAAUAUAAUUAAAAUUGUCAAAGUGACAGUUUGUAUUAAUUUAGAUAUCACAUACUAAAUUAAAAUUAUUCUAUUCCGUUCCUUUUGAUUGAUUCAAAAAUUUGGGACAAUCUUGAAUUUAGAUAAUUUUGCUGUUUGAUAUCUUAUUCCACCUCAGGUAUCUGUUCUAUGGAGGGAGGAGAGUUCUAUGAGCAUGUUGCAAUAUUAAAAAUACUACUGUUUUUGGUUCAUAAUCAUAACGAUUGACAGUGGUGAAAUAAAUUAUAAAUUAUCUGAAUAGAAUUUUGGAUGACCCAUAAAAUUUUGUUUUAGGUGUAUUUAAAUGAUUUUUCAACGAAUGUCUAAUACAGAAAAGCCAUUAAUAAAGGAAUUAUAUAUAAAGGAGGUUGGUUCUCACUCUCUUAAAACAGGGUCAGCAGUUAUUUUAAAAGCUCCUUUUGUUUCAUGUUAGUGUGAAAAGAAACAUGGCAAAUACUAAAUGGAGAAUUAUUCCUGUGUAAAAUCAACUCAAAUAAGGAGCUGACUAAAAAUCUUCAAUUUCUACUCCUUAAUUACAUAACUGGAAAUAAAAUGUGUAGUAUAGAUAUUAAUAUAUUAUAAAUGUAUUUUUUUGCUUCCUAAAUAAUCAUUAUUAGUGUAAUUCACGUUAUUAAUGUUAAGAAAAUUUUCAUCUACACUCACAAUUAAGUUUAAUUCCUAACAGAGAUAGAAAUUUUGAGGGUAGAUGAGAAUAUUUGAUUGUUUGUCAAUAGUAUAGUUUUCUUUAAAAAAUAACUGCUUCAAGAUUAAUCAUAGGUGAUUUUAUAAUGUUGGGGUAGUAUUUAAUUCAAAAUGCUAAUUGUGUUACUCCAUGUUGCAUCAAUACCCGUUAAUAAUAAGGUGGGGUGAUUCAUGUUCAUAAAAUGCACUAUCUGUUAAGUUAAAUAAAAGUAUAAAAAAUAGAGCACUAUAUUAAGAAUGUGUAAAGCCAAUUUUUAUUAAUUCAACUUUAAUAAAAAAUCAAAACAAGCUAAGUAAUUUAGAUGUUCAUAUUAAAAAUAAAAGAUAAUGAGCCGUAAUAGGUGUUUACUAUAUUUGUUGCACUAUUUGUGAACCUCAGUUACAACAACCCCUGAAUCAGGGUAAGAUCCAGAGUGGAGACAGAGAUUUAAGUAUGUCAAAACCAAUAUGUAUUUGACACUUACGAGUCCUACGCAAUAAGUCUACUCUGAAUAUUACCCCUAGCAUUGACAGCAGGGUGAAGCAUAGCUCAAUAUCUGAUGUACAAUUCUCUUGUUAUGUUUAAUCAAUGAUUACUGUGAACUACAGUAUCUACACUAUUUAGAUACUACUUUUGACAAGGCUCUAAUGUUAACUUAGUACAUCAGAAGAAACACUUAUCAUUGAAAUCCUACAUAUAAAUAAAUUAUGUACAGAUAAUGGCUUUUCACCUAGUAUAAAUUAGCCAUUCUUCCACAAAAAUUAUGUUUUUGAGUUUCGUUACGUACUGAAUAUAAUAACAUUUUAA